GCCAUGGAGGCUCUGACGGCCCGCGUAGACUCAUUCAACAAAACUAAACGUGUCAAGAAAUAUCCGAAGAAGGCCACAUCUACCUCCGUCUCGGUCAAAUGGCCACACCCAUCAUCGUUCAAGGCAAACGCCUACACGCUCGCAGAGGCCGGCUUUUACUUUGCACCUAGCUGGGAGGACCGCGACAGUGUCGCGUGCUUCAUCUGUGGAAAGGAACUUAGUGAAUGGGAUGCGGACGAUGACCCGUUCGAGAUACAUUACGCCAAGUGCAGCCAAAGUUGCCCUUGGGCUAAGGUGAGGUGUGGGCUCUCAGAAGAUAUGGACCAAGAUGGAGAGUUCAGGUUCUCGGAAAAGGGCCGUGUACCAACUAGCAGGGCCAUGGAACAGGCGCGAUUAGGCACAUUUGGCGAGUGGUGGCCGCACGACAAGGUACACGGUCACUCUGCCCAGUCAACAGCUAUGGCACAAGCCGGUUUCGUGUAUACUCCCCAGUCCUCAGAGGAUGACACUGUUACUUGCUUGUACUGCAAUCUCUCGCUGGGAGGUUGGGACGACGGUGAUAGUCCAAUGUAG